AUGUCUUUUGCUGUUCGACUAAUUAUAGAUCGUGUCUUCAAUGCUGGUAAAUUAGGACAUUCCCUUGGUUGCUUCUCCAUUUGUUCUGUCAUCCCUGAUCAUAUUUGUUUCUUUUCCUCUGGCUGUGUGGAUCAGAUCCAGCAGAUGGCCGACAAGAACCAUCCCAACAUUGUGAAGCUCCUUGGAUUUGCGAUCGGAGGAGACUUGAGGACUCGGCCAGAGCAAGUUCUGAUCUAUGAAUAUGUGCCCAAUGGCGACCUUCACAGAUGGAUUGGUCCAAGCAACCUGUGCUUUGUCAUUCAUGCUCUGCCACUCACGCUUUACCACCCAUCCUCUACCACCCUUCCUCUAUCACUCAUCCUCUACACAUCCUCUGCCACUUGUCUGCUGCCACUCGUCCCCUGUCAUUCAUCCUCUGCAAUUCAUCCUCUGCCACUCAUGCUGUGCCAAUCCUUUGGAGUGCUCAUGUUGGUGGUCCUCACGGGACGAGAGCCAAUCUCGGAAACUGCUGGAGAGAGCUGGAAGAUAACUCCGUGGGUGGCGGAGUGCCUGUCCAAGAAUGACGUGGGGAGCCUCAUGGACCCCACCAUGGACGCCCCUGCUGAAGCUGUGCUGCGAGUGGCUCAGAUCUCCCUCGCCUGCACUGGAGAGCGCACUGCAGACCGCCCAAGCAUGGUGCAGGUUGCCAACGAGCUGCAGGCCAUUCGCGAGGCAGUGGGGGGGAAAGAGGUGCUGUGUGCUGCAGUCAAGGUGGAUGCGCAGGUGCAGGAGAUGAAGGAUGUUGUCGCCGGUGUCGCAAGCCUCGACACGGAAAUUAUGAAGAUUGGAGAGCAGGCCUCAGGAUAA